AUGCUCCUCACUUACAUGGAAGUCCACCUCUAUUACACUUUACCCAUGCUGGGUGUUUUGUCCUGGCUAUCGAAACCCUACUACACAUCUACCGAUUCGCUCAAAUUCAAAUUUCUGUCACUGGUUGCCUUCACUACUGCUUCUGUCUGGGACAAUUACAUUGUUUAUCACAAAGCCUGGUCCUACUGCCCUACCUGUGUCACGGCUGUCAUUGGCUACGUGCCUUUGGAGGAAUACAUGUUCUUCAUCAUCAUGACUCUAUUGACCGUGUCAUUUACCAAUUUGGUGAUGCGUUGGCAUUUGCACAGUUUCUUUAUCAAACCUGAAACGCCCGUCCUUCAAUCCAUGCUGGUCCGUUUUGUUCCUAUAACAGCUUUAUUAAUCACUGCAUACAAAGCUUGGCAUUUGGCGGUCCCUGGAAAGCCAUUAUUCUAUGGAUCAUGCAUUUUGUGGUACGCCUGUCCGGUGCUGGCCUUGCUGUGGUUUGGUGCUGGUGAAUACAUGUUGCGUCGUCCUCUGGCUGUCCUCAUCUCCAUUGCUCUGCCUACUCUCUUUCUCUGCUGGGUAGAUGUGGUCGCCAUCGGUGCUGGCACUUGGGACAUUUCGUUGGCUACAAGCACUGGUAAAUUCGUGGUGCCUCACCUGCCCGUGGAGGAAUUCAUGUUCUUUGCGCUAAUUAAUACCGUUUUGGUAUUUGGUACUUGUGCGAUCGAUCGUACGAUGGCGAUCCUCCACCUGUUCACGAAGAAGAGUCCUUAUCAGCGCCAAUACCAGCAUGACAAGUCGUUCCUUCACCAAAUUCUCGAGAUGACAUGGGCGUUCUGUUUGCCCGACCAAGUGCUCAAUACAGAGACAUUCCACGACUUGUCUGUCAGCUGGGAUAUCCUUCGCAAAGCCUCCAAGUCCUUUUACACCGCCUCUGCUGUUUUUCCUGGUGAUGUGCGGCAGGAACUCGGUGUGCUGUACGCCUUUUGCAGAGCUACGGACGAUCUCUGUGACAAUGAACAGGUCCCUGUGCAAAAGAGAAAGGAUCAAUUGACGCUGACACAUCGAUUUGUGAGCGACUUGUUUAGCCAAAAGAGCAGCGCGCCUUCUGCCAUUGACUGGGAAUUCUACAACGAUCAAUUGCCUGCUUCCUGCAUUUCUGCCUUCAAGUCGUUCACUCGUUUGCGCCAUGUGCUGGAAGCUGAAGCCAUCAAAGAAUUACUCGACGGAUACAAGUGGGAUUUGGAGCAUCGUUCCAUCAUGAAUCAGGAGGAUCUCAGUUAUUACUCAGCUUGUGUUGCCAGCAGUGUUGGUGAGAUGUGUACUCGCAUCAUAUUGGCUCAUGCUGAUAAGCCCACCUCUCGCAAGGAAACUCAAUGGAUCAUUCAGCGUGCUCGUGAAAUGGGUCUGGUACUCCAAUACACAAACAUUGCUAGAGACAUUGUUACCGACAGCAAGGAGCUGGGCAGAUGUUACUUACCGCAGGCGUGGCUUACGGACAAGGAAGUGGGUUUGAUACAAGACGGCCGUGCCCGAGACAUUGGAGAGGAGACAUUACUAUUACUAUCACAUCGAUUGAUCAACCAAGCAGAUGAGCUCAUGGUGUCUGCCAACAAGGGUAUUGACAAGCUACCUAGCCACUGUCAAGGGGGUGUGCGUGCUGCUUGCAAUGUCUAUGCGUCUAUCGGAGCCCGGCUCAAGUCUUACAGACAUCAUUAUCCCAGCAGAGCACAUGUUGGUCAUUGGAAGCGAGUGCAAAUUGCUCUUCUUAGCGUAUACAACCUUUACACCGCGCCAAUCGAAACAAAACAGGGCAGGCAGGGAAAAAUGAGAAAUCUAAAUACCAUUUAA